ACCCUGCCUCCUUCUCCAUGCUCUGACCCUGUCCCCUCCUCCUUUACCCUCCUCUUAUUUUUCUCUCACAUGCCAUCCCUCGCGCACUGUUUCCCACAGUCAGACCAGGGAGAGCGCAGCGCCUGGAUCGCGUCUCUGCUUCUCUCUGCUUCCCGUUUCCUUCCUCUGCCAACCCUCUGCAAGCGCACUCUCUCUCUCUCUCUGGUUUCCUCUCUGCAGCUAAAAUCCCACAGCUCGUCUUCAUAGGCAAGCCGCAAGAGAAGAGAGAACCAAUGAGGAACUACAUUGAGGAUCCAAAGAAGAACUGAGGAGUCCUUCUUGCCAGGGUCUUGGCUACUCUGCAGUUAAUCUUCUGAGAGGAAAGACUGAAGAUGGAAAGCUGAGUCUAAGCACAGAAAGAAGGAGAAAAGGACUGUUUUGCCUUAAAGAACAAAGUGAUGAAGACGGAGCUUCUGCAAGUGAACUAAUAAGGACUUAAUCCAUACACAGGAAAAUUGCAAAGAACUCCAAAAGUAACAGGGGGGGGGGGAAGGAAAGCGACUCUGACAAAUCAACAUAUUUUAGAAGAUCUGACUGAGAGAAUUGAGGUUCUCCUAUCAGUUUUCCUUUUUUCUCCUCAUCUGUUUUUUUUACGAGUUUUCCUGAAGCUCAGCCAUGCAGGUGUCCAUCGCCUGCACGGACCACAACCUGAAGAGGGGCAAUGGGGACCACAGCAAGCAGAACGCCACCAGCCCCAACGUGGUGAACCAGGCCAGGGCCAAGUUCCGCACUGUGGCCAUCAUCGCCCGCAGCUUCGGCUCCUUCACUCCCCGACACAUCUCCCUGAAGGAGUCAACCGGCAAACACACGGGCAUGAAGUACAGGAACCUUGGGAAGUCUGGGCUCAGAGUGUCGUGCUUGGGACUAGGUACAUGGGUGACAUUUGGAGGACAGAUAACAGACGAGGUUGCAGAGCAGCUAAUGACCAUCGCCUAUGAGAGCGGAGUCAACUUGUUUGACACAGCUGAGGUUUACGCAUGCGGCAGGGCCGAAAUCAUUCUAGGAAACAUCAUCAAGAAGAAGUGCUGGAGGCGGUCGAGCUUGGUGAUCACAACUAAGCUUUACUGGGGAGGAAAAGCCGAGACAGAAAGAGGAUUGUCAAGGAAACACAUCAUUGAAGGUCUGAAAGGUUCCCUACAAAGGAUGCAGAUGGAGUACGUAGACGUAGUUUUUGCCAACCGCCCAGACAGCAAUACUCCUAUGGAGGAAAUUGUUCGAGCGAUGACCUAUGUGAUAAACCAAGGCAUGGCCAUGUAUUGGGGGACGUCUCGGUGGACAGCUAUGGAGAUUAUGGAGGCGUAUUCGGUGGCCCGGCAGUUUAAUUUGAUCCCUCCGGUGUGUGAACAGGCAGAAUAUCACCUCUUUCAGAGAGAGAAAGUGGAGGUGCAACUCCCUGAACUUUAUCAUAAAAUAGGAGUCGGAGCAAUGACUUGGUCGCCGCUAGCGUGUGGCAUUAUUACGGGAAAAUAUGAAAACGGCAUCCCAGAAUCGUCACGGGCCUCAAUGAAGUCAUAUCAGUGGCUGAAGGAGAAAAUAGUAAGCGAGGAUGGAAGAAAGCAGCAAGCUAAGCUGAAGGAGCUAAACCACAUUGCAGAGAAGCUGGGCUGCACGCUGCCUCAGCUGGCUGUGGCAUGGUGUUUAAGAAAUGAAGGAGUGAGCUCAGUCCUUCUGGGAACAUCCAACCCUGAGCAGCUUACAGAGAACCUCGGGGCCAUCCAGGUCCUUCCUAAGAUGACCUCUCACAUUGUGUCGGACAUUGACCACAUCCUUGGCAACAGACCAUACAGUAAGAAGGACUACCGCUCUUAGAGACGGGGCUGAUGGACCAACAAGAGGUCUACUGACGACUACCUAACUUCACCUACACCUUGAACCCUCUUUGGUUCAGAGUUCAGAUCCACAACUCUCUCCUUGGAUGUGCCUGACCAGCCACAGACCACUCUAGCCGGAAAUGGACGACCUCGCUACAUCCAAGCAUUGCAUUCUGUAACUAUCUUCAGUCGAGACCUGUGGUUCGAUCAGCUCUACCGCGUUCAUCUCAGGUGCAGUCCAGCUUAGCCAAGAAAAGCUCAGACUUUCCAUGGCCUCAACCGCAGCUUAGUCGAUCAAAGCUUUCCACCACCAAUCAAAGGCAUUUGCUACUCAGCUAGCAUGCAAUGAUACAGAAAUAGAACUAUGCAGAGAUCAGAGUAGCUCAGAUCUAACAGCAUGCUUAAAUUAUUGAAACACUAGACCCACUGUUAGAAAAGGUUAAAGUCCUGAUACUCAUUUAUGUCGAGACUUUAAUAUGUUCACUACUACAUCUCAUUUUUAGAGAUAUUAGACUCCUCAUGAACUCCACUUGGUUCAUGAAGACAAAGAGGCAUUGCAGAACUAUUUAAAAUUAAAGUGCCUUUUUUAAGUGCACCUUGAUAAUUCAUCAGAAAACAUUUAAGGCUUGUAUUAAUUCAUUUAAGCCAAAAUUUAUAUUGCAAGCAUGUUUUGUUUCAUAGCAAAGUACUGCAGUAGAGGCACCUUAUGUAUAGAAAUUAGACAGACCUCAAAUGAGUAGAGACCUCAGAUGCAUGCUGAACAAAUCCCUUAUUCAGACCUUUUAUUAAUAUGCUGAGCAGCGUAGCAAAAUCAAUUACCAUAAGCGCUUCAAACUUUCACCUCCUUUGUCAGAGGUGCCUGCUAAAGUCCUAGAAUGAAACAUCUUCCAGUCUUUACCAACAACAAGGUGACUCCCUCACACUUCUUGCAAAAACAGGCUUUAUAAAUAUAAGUAAGACCUCGACACUCAUUGGCUCAACUCGUCUUCAAAAUGCCUUCUAAAUCGAUCCCUAUAUUUACAGUAGGCUAAUGAAAAGACAUUUCUGGCUGCAGAUCCCUGAGUAUAGCAACAACCAGAUGCAUGUUUCUCUGCUACAGCGUGCCUCCUUCUUCUUUUUGAUAAGUUUUUGAUCAGAAAUGCUGCAAGCUUGUCUGCUGUGUGACUCUGGUGAAGCAAGCGGAUUGUGGUACCAGAAAGAAAAAGAAAGAGAGAAAGAAAGAAAAAAGGCUGAGUGGAAAAGGGCAAACGUGAAGCAUGUCGCCCUCGUGUGAAAAUUUUGAGGAACUGCAGAAAUUUCCACAAAACGAAGACAAGUGCGGAUUGCAGUCACAGAAGAAAAAAAUUAUUAACUUGCGAACUGAAGCAGCAUCACUAAUUUCUUCAAAGAGCUUUGACUGCAUUAAUGGAAACUAUUUAAGAUAUUUGAGGGGAAGAAAACCACAAUAUGACAGAAUAAGCUGGAAAAUAAUUGUUCUAAACUGCUCAUAGAAUCUAAAAAUAUAUUUUGUCAUUUGAAAAUAUUGCUUGUUUGAGGAUGUUACAUGUAUAUAUAGAGGUUUAAUCUUGUUACAUAGGCAAACUACAAGAAGCCUGUCUUGCAUAUGAGGGCUUUCCUGUACUGUAUGAGAAAUCUAUAAAUGAGAUGUAAAUAGAAAUAUUUUAUUGCUCACUGCACAUCACAGAGAUUUCAUCCUCCUCGCUCAGAUUCGACAGCCACAAAGUCUCCAUUCUUCUCUCCUCAAGAAAAUCCAAAUGUAGUACGAAUUGUUUCCCAUUUGUGAAGGUAAUUAUGAACAGGUUCAAUUAUAUAAACACCAAACUCCUGCUGUAAUCAUUCAUUUUCUGACUUUCAGUAGUUUGUGGCAGUUGCUCUUUAUGUACUCCCUCCAUUCUGUUUCAUCUGGAAAAUAAGCCAUCAUUGAGAUGAGCAGAGAGAUGUUGGGCAGGUUUCAGCUGAGUCACGGUCUUGUCCUUGGUGUCCGUAUGUUGACUUGCAGCACAGUCUGCCUUUAAAUCUCUGUAGCGAACUGUUUUUUGUGCUUGCCAGAUGGUUCCACACUUUGAGGAGAAAUGAAAAGCAGCAUUUGUCUUUGAGACGUCUGCCUCAGGAUUACGAACCCUGGACCUCGCAAACAUUUCAAAAUGAAACUGUUUUAGGAAGAAAAAAAACUGGGAAUUUGCUGAAAAUAUAUAAUGCAUGUUUUUCCUUUGUAGUAAUUACUGAUUUUAAAAUACAGAAGUUUCAAAAGGCUCACAAAUGUUAAGACCUGUAGAAUGUUUUGUCAAAUUGAUCAUGUGAUUUAAUGUCUUUUUAAUGGGAUCCCAGAGAAAAUGAUGGCGUGACAGGAAUGAACCUGGUGCUGCCCCUCCCCAACUCGUUGGUGGUCAGCUGUUUUAAUAAAGGAUACUAUGCUUUUCCCUAAUUUACAGGAAAGAGAAAUUUGUGAAAAACACAAGCAAUCAUCAUGAAACUUAAGGAGAAACUCUCCACAUACCAGGCUUGUGUUUAAAUGUUUGGAGGCAAACCUUUUUUCUUUACAUAUUAUUCCAAGGAGUCAGACUUUCUGGUAACUUUCCACUGGUCUUGAUCAAUAUUUGAUUGAAUUUCCUGAAUGCCUUUGUUUACAAAGUUUUCUUUUGACUUUAGUUGCUUUUCUACACAUUGUUGGCGCAAUACCCGAAAUUUAAUUCUAAUCCUUGGAAACGUAAUAAGUUAAAAAACAAACAAACAAAAAAACUCCUAGGUUAAAGAUAAGAUCUGGUUUUGUCAACACAUUUGAUCAAAUUGGACAAAGUGAAUCUUUAGGUGUUAUUUUCACUGAAAAAGUAUUUUAACAAAUAAAAAAUAUCACUUUUAGCCCCAACAAGGUAAUUCUUAAGAAGGCAAUAAUACUUCCAAGACAGUAGAUGAUCAGCAAAAGGGUGAUGCAUUUAAUCUGCUUGUAAUUGUUUUUUUCUCUCACUUUCAUCUCCACUUUUCCAUUUCCCCAAUUCUUAAUGACGCAAUAAGAUUCAUCUCUUCAUAGUCAGACUAAAUGUGUGAAAACAUCCAACAAAACCACCUUCAGAAAGUUUGAAGAUCUCUUGAUCUACACUAUAAAAAGUCUCCAUCACUGGAAUUAAGUGAGAAAUAAAUUCUGGCUGGUGUUAAGCGUCUGUGUUCAACUUGUCACUUUGCUGUCAGACUGUGGCUGCCUGGUAGAGUGCCUUCACCCGGGUCCUAAGAAAUACAUUCAGAGAUGUCUUUCAUUAAGAAGUUGGCAUUCAGUAUAAUGUUUCUGUAUCUAAAUGAAGUUUGUUAUUUCAACAGAAUUGUCAGAACAUAACACUCAAAACCAAAACUGCAGCUCUGAGGCAGAAACUCUCUGAAAGUAAAAAUUAACCACAAACCUUAGCUUGUAUUUUGUCCAUUAACAUAGCAGAAAAUUGUAGCCUGAAUUUUUAUUCCAGCUUAAAUAGAUUUCCCUCUUGUCCCUGAGCUCCACAUUGUUGGAGGUGUAGACGUGAAGUUGAGUGCACAGACAAUUGGAAUAUACAUAGUAUAAGGAAAAUACCAGCACAAAAAAAAAGAGGUAAGGUUGAAUAAUAUGAAAUGCAAUGGAAUUAGUGAAAAUUGUUUUAUGACUGGCUUAGGGGAAAAUAUCCUUGAACCACAAGUGUGAACACUUUAGUAAUUCUUAUCCACCAAAAAGUAAAAAAAAAUAUCUAGUUGCACAGACUGCAGCAAGCUGGAUUUCAAAGCAGUGAAGCUCUUUUAAAGUCAUGCCAACUUUAAAAGAGCUGAUGUGGGUAAUAUAGCAGGUAGACUAUACCUGCUACUGCAGGUGGUUGGCUGCUGGCUGCAAGAGCAAAAUAUUUCAUUUAUCAGCAGCUAUGCAGCUACAACAAAGAACAAAAAGCCAACAUGGAACAAAGUAAUUGAUCGAGUAAUCUAAUUCUAAUUUAGUCAAAUAUGGUACAAAAAAAAACAAUAUUGUUCCAGUCAUUGUUUUUCUCAUGUGCCGUUCUAAGCAACAGUUCUCUUCGCUGACCAGUGCUCUCUCUGUAAAUACUCUACAUGAAUGUGUGAUAAUAAAUACAUUUAUUGCCAA